AUGGGCCUCUUUUCGAGACGACCUCGUGGCACAGCCGCAACUGGCAAUACCACGAACGGCGAAGCUCACCGCAAUGAGAAGAGAAGCCGCCAGCCUUUUGAUGUCGACUCCGGCAACUUCAACCGCAGACCCAGCUUCGGACAAUGGCUCAAGUUCACCUGGCUCGAUCUCUUGACGAUGGCCGCCAUGGGCGCAAUCGGUCUUGGUGUCUACGAAGCCAAACCAGCACCGAGCCGAUCGUUCCCAGUGACCUUUUCCGACGGCGAGAUCGUCUACCCUGAUUUUGCCUAUCCCCUCCGUCACGAGAUUGUCCCAAUCUGGCUUGCCGCACUUCUUGCCUCCUUGAUUCCCAUCUUCGUCUUCCUGGUUAUGCAAUUCCGCAUCCGCUCUUUUUGGGACGUCAACAACGCGGUCAUCGGUCUCCUCUACGCCCUCAUCGGAGCUGCCGUCUUUCAAGUCUUCAUCAAGUGGCUUAUCGGCGGCCUUCGACCACACUUCUUGGCCGUCUGCGACCCGGAUCCAGCAUUGAUGGGUGCUCACCCGGGCUCAGGCUAUGAAAGCAUUAUGUUUCAGCGCAAUAUCUGCCGGGGCGAUCCCAAUGAGAUUGACGACUCGCUUGAGUCCAUGCCGUCUGGCCACACCACUGCCGCCUUUGCCGGAUUCCUCUUCCUCUACUUCUACCUCAAUGCCAAGCUCAAGGUCUUCAGCAACCACCAUCCAGCGUUCUGGAAGCUCAUUGCCACCUACGCUCCUAUUCUUGGUGCCUGUCUGAUCGGUGGUGCCCUUACAAUCGACGAAUACCACAACUGGUACGAUGUCUUGGCUGGUGCCGUUAUUGGCUCAAUCUUUGCCAUUUCCAGCUACCGCAUGGUCUACGCCUCGGUCUGGGACUUCAGAUUCAACCAUAUCCCGCUGACUCGCCACACACCAUUUUCCUACGGGGCAGGCGCUGCUGGAGCUGGAGGAUUCGAGACUGCUGUUUUCACCAGACAAGCUGGUUGGGGCUACGAAGAGCACUACGGCGGUGCUCCUUUCGACGCUGCACACGGGCUUAGAGGCCAAGCGGCUGGCUUUAACACGGGCCCAGUGCAGCAGGAGCGCUAUCUGCACAAGCCUGAAGGCGAUGUUGAAGCCAAUGCUGGUCUUCAUGGAACACACGGCUUCACGAACGGUACAUCAUCUGCUAGAAACUCGGAUGCUACCAUGACCGGAGGGCCUCAUUACAACCACGGCAGCCUCGGGCGCAAGCCGGUACCUACCACGGUCUGA